UCGAAAACCCCAGAUUCCUUUAUUCAUUCUCAAUUCUUUCACUCGUAAAUUCUCUCUCUCCUUCUCUCUCUCUCUCUAGGGCUCCUCUUUCCACUAUCUCUCUGUCUGCAGUUUACAGAACUGUGCAGUGUGCUGCGUCGAGCUCUCUCAAAGUAUAUACCGUACGUGUGAUCAACGAAAGGAGUCAAAGACAGAUUUUCAGCUGAUUCAACAGUUCAACUUUGAAUCUCCGUGUAAAGUUCCGUUCUCAGCUAGACCGCCGAUUCGACUCAGUAACUCGGCUCGAAACUUCCUCCGUUUCGUGGAAGCAAAGUAUUCAACAGUACUAUUAAUUUUGCCUGAGUUUGGGAGGGAGCAUAUAAAAUAUAUUUGUUGAUUCGAUUCCACGAUAAUGAGCUCUCUAUCAUUGAAACGGCGAAUCAGAUUCGGUUUGACCUCCGCCGUGUUCGCGUUCUUCUUCCUUCUCUUAAUCAUUGGACCGGUUUUUUUUACAGGAAAACCAAUUGGUCUUAAUUUCAUGGCGGAAGCAAAUUCAGCUGUCACUGGGAACACAAAUUUUGGUCCUCAUCGCAAGCUUCUUAAACAAGGUAACCAAGUGGAAACUAACAGAAUAUGGGGUGACAAGUGUUCAAAAACAGAUAUAGUGAUAAAUCAGGGACCCACAGCACCUCUACCCAGUGGAAUACCAACAUAUACAGUGGAGAUUAUGAAUGUCUGUGUCUCUGGCUGUGAUAUCUCAGGCAUCCAUCUCAAAUGUGGCUGGUUCAGCUCUGCUCGCCUUAUUAACCCUCGGAUAUUCAAGCGCCUACACUUUGACGAUUGUCUGGUCAAUGAUGGGAAGCCCCUUAUUAAUGGACAUACUGUUUCCUUCCAAUAUGCCAACACUUUUCGUUACCCACUUUCAGUUUCCUCCGUUAUAUGCUGAUAUACUUGCUGGGUCUAAUAACAUACACUAACACUUCUUAAAAGCAAAAAACAUGAUUUUAACAGAGCUGAUUGCCUUUAGGGGAUUCCUAUUGUUCUUUUUUUGGGCUUUAGACAAUUGCUUUUGAUGGACGUGGCCGUGCUGAGUGCUGACUGAUUGUGGCUGUGUUAAAGGAAGAACCACAAUUGUCUUUCUCUGACUCCAUAGGAAAUCUUGUUUUGGGAUGCUCUGACAUUUUGUUCAUAUCAGAGUGACCUACUGAGGAAAAUAUAGUGUAGCAGUAAUUUCUGGGUUUUGAAUGUAAAGUAUACAACUCUUUUGAGUGGUUGAGCAGUAAAGAUGCGCAAAAUGAAUGUCCUGCAAUCUCGUUCGUUUUGCUUGACAA